AUGUCUAUUACAACACAGGCUCUUGUCUCCAGGCAAGUCAACAGCUCGGUAGAGUUGGAAAAUAUUGUCCUUGACCCGCUACGCCCGGAUGAAGUGCUGGUAGAGAUUCAUGCUACUGGUGUCUGCCACACAGACUUUGCCUGCAUGAAUGGAACCCUUCCAGCAGCAUUCCCCAGUGUGUUCGGACAUGAAGGUGGUGGUGUGGUCCUAGAUGUGGGAAGAAACAUCAAGCAUCUUCAGAAGCAAGACAGGGUCUUGCUCAGCUUUGAUUCUUGUGGCUCCUGUGCACAAUGCAAAUCCAAGCACCCGGCCUAUUGCCAGGAAUGGGCCCAACGCAACUUUGGACAGAAGAGAAUGGACGGAAGCCUGUCGCUCGCAACACCAGAUGGAACCAAGCUACAUGGAAACUUCUUUGGUCAGAGCUCAUUUGCCCGGCAUACCAUUGUCAUGGGUAAUUCCGUUGUCAAAGUCCCUUCAGACACGCAGCUGGGUCUUUUCUCCCCCCUCGGCUGUGGUGUCCAGACAGGUGCUGGUGCUAUUUUGAACACCCUGGACGUGCAACCUGGUAAGUCAGUUGCCAUCUUUGGUGUUGGCUCAGUUGGUAUGAGCGCCGUCAUGGCUGCAAAGAUGAGAGGUGCCAGCGUGAUCAUUGCCAUCGACCUACAAACUGAAAGAUUGGAAUUGGCAAAGCAGCUUGGAGCUACCCACUCCGUUGUUGGCUCAGAUGAAGAUGUGGUUGCACAGAUCCAGAAGAUCUCCGGGUCAAAUGGAGUGGACUACUCUGUUGAUUGCGCUGGUAUACCCAUGGUGGUUGAAAGAGCUCUGGAUUGUCUCGGAACCCGUGGCAAGGGAGCAACUGUGGGCGCCCCGGCGCCUGGAAAACGCGCAGGGGUGGAUGUGUUUGCUCACCUAGUCAUGGGACGCCAGUACAUUGGGUGUUGCGAGGGCGACAGCGACCCCCAGCAGAUGAUACCAUACCUCAUUGAACAACAUGCCAAAGGUGAAUUCCCACUCGAUAAAAUUGUGAAAUUUUACCAAGUGGAGGAUUAUGAGACCGCGUUCAAGGAUAUCAAAUCGGGCAAGGCUCUCAAGGCUGUUCUACUUUGGAAGUAG